AUGGAAUCAAAUAAAUCAGCAGAUAUUUCAAUGUCCUUCACAAGCACAAGUUCGUUUAAUUCAUCAAACAAAGAAAAUCUUAAUUCAAAUUCAAUUUCAAGUAAUUCAAGUGAAUAUGAAAAUAAUGAAACGAGCAAGGUGCAAUUACAAUUUAUCAAUUACUCUUCUUUCAAAGACAUAACUACGUUGAGUAAUGGAAUGAUCAAAGCAUUUUGGAAGGACGCGAGUGCUUACGUUAUAUUAAAGAAGCUAAAGUUACUUCAUCAAUUGAGUUACCAUCAAAACAUUCUAACAAUCUUUGGGUUCAGCAGAGAAGCGGAUGAAGGAGAUUAUUUGUUGGUAAUGGAAUUUGCCAACGGAGGAGACCUACGACAAUUUUUAAAAGAGAAUUAUCAGAAACUCACCUGGCAUGAUAAAAUGAAGUUGUCAAUCGACGUAACAAAUGGUCUACAAUGCAUACACAGUCAUGGAAUCGUGCACACGUCCCUGCAUCCACAUAACGUUCUGGUUCAUAAUGGUAGAAUGUUAAUAGGAGACUUGGGGCUUUCAAAAAUGAAGGAUGCUUCAAUACCAGAAAACAUCGAAAUUUUGCCCUACAUGGAGCCAAAUUUUCUAGCCGACCCGAAUUAUUCACGUGACAAAAGAUCAGACAUAUAUAGUUUAGGAUUAUUAAUGUAUGAAAUAUCAAGCGAGAAAGCUCCUUUCUCUUCGCUUCGUCAUAAUGUUGAAGUGGCUAAAAAAAUUUUAUCAGGGACAAGAGACAAACCUACCCUAGGCACACCCAUUGAGUACAUCGAUUUAUAUGAACAAUGUUGGGAUAAUGAUCCCAUGGCAAGACCAACUGUCGACGAUGUAUUGUCCAUAUUGGGCAGGAUGAAUUUGACUCCGGUGUACGAUGGAGAUUUCGAGAUGACGACUUUUAAUGAGAAUUAUUUAAAAAAAGUCGAGAGAAAGGAUGUAAAAGUGACAAUUGACAAUUCCAUUAAUAUCGAAAUCCCGAACGAGGCCAAGAAUGUCGUUGCCAUGUCAUCAAAGAAUCGUAUCAAUUCGGUCUCGAAUGAAUUUGGUGGCGGAAUUGAUAGCGGGUACGGUGGGGUUGGAAGAAGGACCGCGACAAAAGAAGGAAAGAAAAUGCAAAUGUUUUCCUUGCCUCCCAAAAUGUAG